GACGUCGGAGCUGGCAGUGGGUGGAGCGGUUAACAACCCGCUAAUGUAGGGUCCUCUGAGCCAGGGUCAGACAUGGACUGGAAAGACGUGCUCCGCCGGCGUUUGGCGUCGCCCAACACGGAUCCAAAGAUCAGUCUGGCUAAAUUCUUCAGUUCGAUACCAGCACCCGGGCCGCUGAAAUGGACUAAAGAGAAACAGCGCCGGGGCUAGAGAGAUGUAUCAGCCAUUAAAGGCUAGGUUCACAAGCAAAAAGAAAAACAACCAUGGGAAAAAAAGUGAACAAGAAUUAAAAGAGGAAGAAAUGGAUUUAUUUACCAAAUAUUACUCAGAAUGGAAGGGAGGUAGAAAAAAUACAAAUGAAUUCUAUAAGACCAUUCCCCGGUUUUAUUACAGGUUGCCAGCAGAAGAUGAAGUCUUACUACAGAAAUUAAGAGAGGAAUCUAGAGCUGUCUUUCUACAGAGGAAAAGCAGAGAGCUCUUAGACAAUGAAGAAUUACAGAAUUUAUGGUUUUUGCUGGAUAAACACCAGAUACCACCUGUGAUUGGAGAGGAAGCAAUGAUCAAUUACGAGAAUUUUUUGAAGGUUGGAGAAAAGGCUGGACCAAAGUGCAAGCAAUUUUUUACUGCAAAAGUCUUUGCCAAACUCCUUCAUACAGAUUCAUAUGGGAGAAUUUCCAUCAUGCAGUUCUUCAACUAUGUCAUGCGAAAAGUUUGGCUGCAUCAGACAAGAAUUGGACUCAGUUUAUAUGAUGUUGCUGGGCAAGGGUACCUUCGGGAAUCAGACUUAGAAAACUACAUACUGGAACUUAUCCCUACUUUGCCACAAUUAGAUGGGUUGGAAAAAUCCUUUUACUCUUUUUAUGUUUGUACAGCAGUUAGGAAGUUCUUCUUCUUUUUGGACCCUCUAAAAACAGGGAAGAUCAAAAUUCAAGAUAUUUUGGCAUGCAGCUUCCUAGAUGACUUAUUGGAGCUAAGGGAUGAGGAAUUGUCCAAAGAGAGUCAAGAAACAAAUUGGUUUUCUGCUCCUUCCGCCCUGAGGGUCUAUGGUCAGUAUUUGAAUCUUGAUAAAGAUCACAACGGCAUGCUCAGUAAGGAAGAACUCUCCCGUUACGGAACAGCAACCAUGACCAAUGUCUUCUUAGACCGGGUUUUCCAGGAGUGUCUCACUUAUGACGGAGAAAUGGACUAUAAGACCUACCUGGACUUUGUUCUCGCCUUAGAAAACAGAAAGGAGCCUGCAGCUCUGCAGUACAUUUUCAAACUCCUGGACAUUGAGAACAAGGGAUAUCUGAAUGUCUUUUCCCUUAAUUAUUUCUUUAGGGCCAUACAAGAACUAAUGAAAAUCCAUGGACAGGAUCCUGUUUCAUUUCAAGAUGUCAAGGAUGAAAUCUUUGACAUGGUAAAACCAAAGGAUCCUUUGAAAAUCUCACUUCAGGAUUUAAUCAACAGCAAUCAGGGGGACACAGUCACCACCAUUCUAAUUGAUCUGAAUGGCUUUUGGACUUAUGAGAACAGAGAAGCCCUUGUUGCAAAUGACAAUGAGAACUCUGCAGAUCUGGAUGACACGUGAGCUCUCAGAGACCAGACUGCCUUCAUAAAGAUGAAGCCUGAAUGCUGCAUGCAAACCUUUGAUGCAGGAUCCUUGGAAACAUCCUAAAUAAAACUUGGCACAUGCCUGUACAACACAGCAGA